CGGAGAAUUUGAAAUUUGUCCUUUGCGUUAUAUUUUGAAAAUGGCUUUAUUUUAAUUAAUGAAAUUUGAAAUCCCAUCUGUUUUCACUCAUAAGCUAUUCUAAGUGUUUUAAAUGAUCUGGAGAGAAUAAUAUAAUUCGGCAAACCAAUGUCUGCUUCAAAUGAUGAAUGGGAACUUGCAAAGGAGAAUAUUCAACCUUUGCAGCAAGGUAGAAAACCUGAAGUUUUAAAGGUUGCCUUAUCCUCAAAUCCAGAAGAUCUUAUACUUCAACAGCGUCAAGCAUUUGAAAAUGAAUUACGUACGUACACAGGUGAUGACCCACUUUCAAUAUGGUGUAAAUAUAUCAAAUGGGUAGAGCAGAAUUAUCCUAAGGGUGGACGGGAUGGUCAUAUUGAACAACUCAUUCAAAAAUGUCUUUCUAUAAUGAAAGAUAAAAGUGAAUAUUAUGAUGACAAUCGCUUUAUUGAAAUAUGGCUCAAAUUUGCCAACAUUGCACCAAAACCAACAGAAAUUUAUAAUUAUAUGUUCAGUCAUAAAAUUGGCUGCAAAUCUGCUGUAUUUUUUACUGCUUGGUCUUGGGAACUAGAAAGUCAAGGGAGCAUUAGCAAAGCUGAUCAAGUAUUAAAUGAGGGAAUUCGGCGCAAGGCAGAACCUUUUGAGAAAUUAAAAUCAUACCGAUCAGAAUUUGAAAUGAGAGUAGCAGCUAAAGUGAUGGAAAAUUCUGAACAGGUGCAAAAUAGUGAAGAACCCAGUCGUUCUGCAUUUGCUGUUUUAAAGCCUGUAAAGAAGAAAAAUGUUGCCCCAGUUGUAAGAGUAGGAGACAGAGUAAUGGAUCCCAAUAAAGUUAAUAUGACAAUUGGUCGACAACAGCCUCUACCAAAAAGUAAUUUACCUUCGGGGAAGGUACCUUUCAAAAUAUACAGUGGGGAAAACAUUCAACCUUCUCUUCCAGUACAGUCAGAAAACUUAGCACCAUUUGUUUUACAUUCAGAAAAUUCAAAAGAAAAUGAAAAAAAGCCAUCCAAAUGGAAUAAAGUAAAACUUAAGCAAAUGCCAGCAGCAAGCAGGGCAGUACAGAAUGCUACUCCUGGAUUUAAACUACACCGUGAUGAAUUUUCACCAUCAGAGAACACUCCAAAAUCAGUUCCGAAAGUUUCCAAUAUAUUACGUACUCGAAAAGAACCUGCUGCUCCUCCUUUGGCUUUGUUUGAGCCACCAGAUCCAAUGAAAAAACCAAUGUAUGAUAAAGAAAAGGUCUAUGGAGGUGCUGAGGAAUUUUCUUUUGAAGAAAUUCGAGCUGCAGAAUGGUUUAAGAGAAAGAAAGAUAUCGAAAAGGAAAGAAAGUUAGCUGAACAAGAAAGAAUACUGCAUGAACAACAAGAACAAAUUAACAGAUUAAAGCAAGAAGUACAAUUGCUAAAAACUAAACAGUGCUCCUCAAAUGAAUCAGAUAAUAUUCCAGAGAAGAAAAACACUGGCACAUCAUGUUCAAAGAACUUCCAAAAUGAUAAAUCAGAUGCUGAAAACAGCAAGGACAUAAAUAGGACUUCAAAUCAAAGAGAACCAUUUCCUAAUUCUAAAUUAACAUCAACUUUCAGAGAGGCAUCUUGUAUUGUACGAGAUUUUUAUAAUGAUACCAUUUCUCGUGAUACACCCAAUAUCUACUCAGAAAAUGAUGAAAGGCCACAUCUUCCUCAAUCUAAAAUGUCUGCAUCUCAAGAUCAAAGAAACCUUGUGUUUUAUGAUCCUCUGACCAUCGUAAAAGAUACAUCUACUAGAGAAAAUGCUUCAGCAAAACAAUUUGAACCUAUACCAUCAACUAAACCAAUACCUUUUAAAUUGUUUCAGGAUCCUACAGAGGUUAUAACACAAUUGAGUGAAAAUGCUAAAUUACAGAAAGCUAAUGCAAUGACUAAUGAUUUUGAAGAUGAGAAGGGAGAUGUUGAAAACAUACCACCAAAAGGUUAUAUCCAAGAAGCAAAUAAACGUGAACUGAGUGGCAUUUUGCAGCCUUCUAAAAAUAUAAUGUUUGUACCUUUAGAAGAUCAAGAAGAAUCGGAUGAAGAGGAGGAUAUUAUAUACACAGAAAAUAAUAAUCAACCCUUACAAAAUGAAACUUUGAUUCCACCUUGUAACACAGAGCAGUUUGUAGCAGCAGCAUUUUUAGCUUCAACCCCUUGUUCUCGUGUAAAAACAGAGCGAAAAAUAACAAUACAAGACGAAGAUAAUUCAUCAAAAUCUGUUCAACCAUCUUAUGAAGGCUAUAACCUGCCUCCAAUUCAGAAUACUUUAGAUGGUGCAACCUGCUCUAAACAAUCAAAUAAAACUGAAUGCAAAUUAUCUGGGAAAGAUCAUAGUACAUUACGAGGAUACACAGGUCAACUGAGUGUAAUUAUGGAAUGUAGCCGAGAGACUUACAAAUCAUCAUCAUCUGGUAGUUCUGCAAGUGCCACAAGACUGAGUCAUUUUGAACAAUGUUUCAGUCAAGAAAAAAGCAACAAUAAGAAGCAUAUUUCUAGAUCUGAUGAAUUUAAGGAGCCAAAAUCAGUUAUUCCAGGUCCAGAAUUGACCCAAUGUACAAAUGAUACAGAAAACACCUUUGGUAUUUUGAAAGAACCAAUAGCACUAUCACAAAAAACAAUGUAUGCAACAACAAAGGGAGAGAAUGAUGUAAAAGAGUUAAAAUCUGCAAGUAAUAUUGAAGGAUUAUUUAAAAAACCAAUUGCUGAAAGAUCCAAUGAUACACAUAUUAGUCAAGAAGAAUCUAAAUCAGAAAAUGCAGGAAGAAAAGAUAUUUAUUGUACCAACAUUGAUCCUUUUGAUGCAGAUUUGAAUACCAAAAUACUUCAGUCAUUGCCAACUGAUUAUUGCUCAAAUUUGCAUACCACAGAGAAAGCCCUUCGUACCUUAGAACUGAGAGAUGAAAUAACGGUUGGUGAUUUGAUAUGUGAAGUAGAAAAUCUAAUAAGUGAAGGUGCUUAUGGUAAAGUGUAUGAAGCAGAAAUAAAAAGAAGACUAAAUCAAAAGCCUAAUACUCAUGUUAAUUCAAAGGUAGCUCUAAAAGUGUGCAAAAAGUCUAAUGAUUGGGAAUUGUAUAUUUGUAACAUAUUGCACAACCGAUUAACAGAUUUGAAAAAGCUCCCAGAUGUUCGAAGCUCAGUUAUGGAAAUUAUUUCAGCCCAUCGAUAUUCUAAUACUUUGGUUUUAACUUCUGAAUUCAGUCAUCAAGGUACAUUAUUAGAUCUUGCAAAUUUUUAUAAGAAGCAACAACUCUGUGUGCCAGAAUGCAUUACAAUGUACCUGACUCUUGAAAUGCUUCAUAUCAUGUCUCAGAUUCAUGAAUGUCAAAUCAUCCAUGGAGAUAUUAAACCAGAUAACAUCUUGAUACGGGAUAUUUCAAAUCAUGAUGUUUUGGAUAGUAUGUCGCAAAGAACUGUUUUCUUAAAAAUAAUUGACUUUGGUCGAAGUAUUGAUCUCAAAGUUUUCAAAAAUGGUGUUUGUUUUGAAAAUGUUUUAAAGGAUGGUUGUAUCGAAAUGAAAGAGAGAAAGCCAUGGGUUUUCCAGAUUGAUUGGUAUGGUCUUUGUAAUUGCAUCCAUGUACUAUUAUUUUCGGAAUACAUGAAAGUGAAGAAGAAUCCUCAAGGACGAUGGACAAUUGAAAAGAACAUUAAAAGGUAUUGGGACCAAACUCUCUGGUCUGCAUUAUUUGAUGAAUUAUUAAACAUACCAGCUUGUUAUCAAGAGCCAAACAUAUUAAAGUACACAAGUCUAAUUGAAUCAAAGUUAAAAAACAAUGCACAGGUGUUUAAAAUGAAUUUUCAACGUCUCUUGAAUUUUUUUGUAAGGAAGUAAUUUCACCAAAAGUAUUUUAAGUCUUUAUGUAAGGAGUUUUCCCUUAAAAAAAUUUUUUUUACAUUGUAUUGAAUGACAAUAUAGUGUAUAAAUCUAUUAAUUAUGUUAUAUUUUGUAUUCUAUCUUUUUUAAACAAAAUUUCUCUUAAUUUUUAUCCUUCAUUUCUUUAUAUAAUUGUGUUAAUAAUCUUUUGUAAAUCUAAUUACUAGUUAGUUUUGCAUUUCUCUUGUUUAAGUCUUAUAUGUGUGACUAUAUAUAUGUCAAAUAUAAAAGUUUACAUCUGCUUUGAAAUUAGUGAAGAAUAUAUUUAUUCAUUAGAACUGAAUGUUGCACCACCUCACCUGUUUCUUUAAUUGUAAGGUAAAUAAUAAAAAUUAAAUCUUGGGAGACUGAUUGCUGAUGCAAGGACAAUAAAGAAUUGUUAAAAAGGGAAAUAUAUUUUAGCAUAAAUAUUUCUUAAAACUUUCCAGUUUAUAAAAUUUUAGUUUGAAGGAGGUAUACAGCAAUGACAUAAAAUAUCAGAAUUUGCGACUGUAAUUGAACUGGGCCUAUUUCAUCUGUGUUCAUACUUUUCUUACAUGCUUGCUCAUUUUGUAAUAUAGUUAAAAAACUUUUAAUGAAAUGUAUGUCGUAGUAUUAAUUCAGUAUUCAUGUAUUUUUAUUCAGUUAUUUAAAUACUAGAAUGUGUAACCAUGUAUAUAUCCUGUAACUUUUUUUUAAAAAAAAUUUAACAAUUAAAUGCGACAUUUACUUUUUUACA